GAUCGGCCGAGUCGGUGUGUUUACUCUGGGGGAGUUUUCUCGCUUGCUUGUUGUUGUGUUCAGUCCGUUGAAUUGCAGCCAAGUUGUCGGUGCUGAAUUUCGAACAGAUUUUGGUGGAUUCGGGGACUGAGUUCAAUGCGAGGGAGUUUGUAUGUUCUCCAUGCUUGCAGCAGCGGUGAAGGCAUCUUAGAGCGCGUGAAGGUGAGGGCUGGAUUGCCAUGGAUCAGCUUGAGCCGCGUGCAUUCGAGAAUCUCCACCCUGGGCGACGAAUUGUGUUUGAUUUCCCCAUUCGUGCCGAUGAGACCGUGAGCGUUGCGGUUUUGGACUCGACCAUUCGUUGGGAGACAGUGACUUGUGCUGCUAUGCUGGUGCCUGAUGGGGAAGAAGACGACUGGGUGUAUAGCUCCGAGGGUGGGCAAUGGCAGCUCCUGGUUAAUGCUGAAGUCUCGAGAAUGGUCAUCGUGCAGAGGAACUUGACAUCAUCGGUAGUUGAUGGGACUAAAAAUCAGGGUGUCAGUGGCCAAUCGGGAGGUCAAGCGAGCCUCGAAGAAAGGCGUCAUGUGACGAGGCUCAAGGGAACCACAUAUCGGCCCAGUUGUUUGCAAUGCGAGGAUGAAGCUCUCAAGGCAAGAUUGGGUUCUCUCGUUGUUGCACUCGCCCCAAGAGUUUGCUUCAGGGGUGGCAGAAUUCCCGUUGUUCCGUUUGUUGGGUAUUCCGACAACAUCAUCCAUCGUGUUGUAGUCGAAGAAUCAAAUUCAUCUUUGACAGGUGCAAUGGUGGUUGAAGAUGUCGUCUUAGAUGAUUCGGACGUUGAACUCCUGGAAUCUGAAAGUAGCGCUCUGCCAUCGGCUGAGUGUUCACAUAGAAUGGGCAGUAGAGGGUGCAGAAAAUUAGAGAGAGUGGUGUACCGACGUCGGUUGCGGUUUAAGCGUAUGCCUAAUUUGAUCCAGACUGAAUCUCAUCUUUUCGGUAAUCCUCAAACCCUAAAAGAUCCUCGAACGACGAUUUCUGACGACGGCAACGUCAACACCGGGAUUAUUACGGUAUCAGCAGGAGCAUUUUGUGAAGACACAUUGACUGGCUUCCAAAUCGAUCAUAGUAAGUUAGUACACAAGUAUCUUCCACCAAUUGUGGCAGGCUUAGUUCUUGCGGCAUCCUGCAUUGAAUCCUGUGUGGAGCGUGGCGACAAGGCCAAGGUCUUGGCACUUGGGGUUGGUGGUGGUGCACUUCCAAUUUUUCUGCAAAACUACCUAGGGUUCCGUGUACAGGCUGUGGAUAUGGACAGAGUUGUGCUCGACCUUGCCCAUCGACAUUUCGGCCUGAAAAAUGGCGUCGACAUGGAAGUCUUAGUCGGAGAUGCGCUUCAAAUUGUGGACGAACUAGCCUGGAAGAUCGCAGUAGACGAUGCUAGAUCCCAAGCCAAAUCCUCAAACUGUGAAAAGAGUAGGAAUGUCUCUGCAGGUGAAGGUGAAGAUCAUCGAGUUCAUGCUGUGAUUGUCGACAUCGAUGAAGGAGAUCCACGGGGCAAAUUGAGUUCUCCUCCAUCAAGUUUCUUAGGACAUAAAUUCCUCUCAUCUGCCAGGACUCUUCUUCACGCGGGAGGUUUGCUUGCCAUGAAUGUGGUGCCCAAUGGAGCCGAGUCGUAUCGUGGCGUGGUCUCUUCAUUGCUGUCUGUAUUCGAUGAUGUGUAUGAAACUGAUGUAGCAGGAGACGUUAACCGUGUUGUCUUCGCUUUGACGUUCAAAGCCACAGGUGUAAAUGUAGACGGACCUUUGGCACGUCGGGUGAAGCAGUUUGUGGAUGCAAGAUUAAUCACUGGGGUUCGAAGAGCUCAUGCUGGAUGUUGAGAGGAAUCUGCGGAAUGUUCGGAUUGCAAUUCCGGAUCAAGAUCGAGCAGGUAUUGGUACUAGCUUUGGGUCCGUGCUGGUUCGAUGAUGGCAGUUGGUAUUGCUUCAUUAUCAGUAGAUUCGGAAAAAGCACUAAUACUGGAAUGUUGUUGCGACUUGCAUGUAAAGGUUGAAUGGUGUUAUAAAUGGUAGAAAGAUGACUAGGAGAGCUGCUAACAUUAUUCCUUCGAAAAAGGCUGAAGUUGGGAAUAUCUUUAAAAUGAACAGCUGGGUGGCGAGAUUGGAAAGUGAGCCGCUUUCGGUUUUAAAUGCUAUGGUAAUGCUACUCGAAGCACACUUCUAGUUUUCAUCUAAGAAUGUGGAUUGGUUGUGCUUUGGAAAAACUUUGAAAGUGUGUGAAUGUAGUAGCAUUAAUGAUACUCAUUAAACUCAAACCAUGAACAAAGACGAAGUAAUUUCACUA